GCGAAACCGGCCGGCGUCUUUGAGCUCCAGGUGCAUUCCUUCACCACAAGCAGCCCCCGGAGCUGGUGCCGCGGCGCCCACCCCUGCCGCCUCUUCUUCCGCGUCUGCCUCAAGCACGCCCAGGCGGCGAAACCGGCCGGCGUCUUUGAGCUCCAGGUGCAUUCCUUCCCCACAAGCAGCCCCCGGAGCUGGUGCCGCGGCGCCCACCCCUGCCGCCUCUUCUUCCGCGUCUGCCUCAAGCACGCCCAGGCGGUGGUGUCGCCGGAACCCCCCUGCACCUUCGGGGCAGCCCUGAGCGACAUUGUCCCAGCUGACCGCAGUGUCGUGGCCACCAGCGGACCCAUCCGUGUCCCCUUCCACUUCAAGUGGCCGGGGACCUUUUCCCUAAUCAUUGAGUCUUGGAGGGCAGACUCAGGCGAGCCAUCCACAGAGGAUGCCCAGAAGCUGAUCAGCCGCCUGGCCACCCGCCGCCGCCUGGCCGUGGGCGAGGACUGGUCCCAAGACGUGCAGCUGGGAGACCAGAGCGAACUGCGCUACUCCUACCACGUCACCUGCGACGAACAUUACUACGGGGAGAGCUGCUCCGACUACUGCCGGCCGCGGGACGACACCUUCGGGCACUACGCCUGCGACGAGCUGGGCAGCAGGAUCUGCCUGGCGGGGUGGCGGGGCGAAUACUGCUCGGAACCUAUCUGCCUUCCUGGCUGCAGCGGCGCCCACGGGUUCUGCGAGAAGCCCGGCGAGUGCAAGUGCCGGAUCGGCUGGCAGGGGCAGUUCUGCGACGAGUGCGUCCGCUACCCGGGCUGCCUGCGGGGCACCUGCGCCCAGCCCUGGCAAUGCAACUGUCAGGAGGGGUGGGGCGGGCUCUUCUGCAACCAGGACCUCAACUACUGCACCAACCACCGCCCCUGCAAGAACGGCGCCACCUGCACCAACACGGGCCAAGGGAGCUACACCUGCGCCUGCCGGGCCGGCUUCGCGGGGACCAGCUGCGAGAUCGAGGCCAACGAGUGCGAGAGCAACCCCUGCAAGAACGGCGGCAGCUGCAACGACUUGGAGAACAACUACAAAUGCACCUGCCCGCAAGGCUUCUACGGCAAGAACUGUGAAGUCAGCGCCAUGACCUGCGCCGACGGGCCGUGCUUCAACGGCGGGACCUGUGCGGAGAAGCGGACGGGCGGCUACACGUGCCAUUGCCCCGUAAACUACCAUGGGUCCAACUGCGAGAGAAAGAUCGACCGGUGCAGUAACAACCCCUGUUUGAACAAUGGGCACUGCCUGGACCUGGGCCGCAGCGUGAUCUGCAAAUGCCGCCCCGGUUUCGCCGGCUCCCGCUGUGAACUGAACAUCGACGACUGUGCGGGCAACCCGUGUGCCAACGGAGGCACCUGCGUCGACGGCCCCAACAGCUACACCUGCUCCUGCACCCUGGGCUACGGCGGGAAGGACUGCAGCGCCCGCACGGACGCCUGCGGCUCCAGCCCUUGCCUGAACAGCGGCACCUGCUACACGCACUUCUCCGGCCACAUCUGCGAGUGUUUGUCCGGCUACAUGGGCUCGAACUGCGAGUUCAAAGUCCAGCUUCCCACCCCGGUCAGCAGCCAGCGGGUGGCCGAGGGCCCUUUCCCCACCGCCCUGGCAGUCUCCUUCGCCCUGGGGCUCAUGACGUUGGUGCUGGCCGCCUGCGCCGCCGUGGCCGUGCUCCGGCACGCGAGGCAAGGCCGCAAGGCCGUGAAGAGCAGCGUCCGGAACGACCUGGCGACCAUCAACAACCUCAAGGAGAGGGAGGGCUUCCUCAUCGCCCCCGGCCGGUUCAAGGUGUCGAACAAGGAUGGCCGCUUCAACGGCGACCAGUUUAACUGCAAGAGGAAGCUGUUGGAUCAGGGCCGCGAGUCCAUCUUCAAGAAGAAGCUGGAGAAGUAA